CGUGUGAAUUUUUUGAUGGAAGUGGGUAGCUCCAAUUCAUCGGGUCAGCUUUCAGGGCGGGUCGUUGAUACAAGAGGCAAACACAGGAUUCAAGCUGAACUCAAAAGGCUUGAACAAGAAGCUAGAUUCUUAGAGGAAGAGCUGGAGCUGCUUGAGAGGAUGGACAAUGCAUCAGCGUCCUGCAAAGAGUUCUUAGACAGUGUUGACAGCAAACCUGAUCCUCUUCUUCUUGAAACAACAGGUCCGGUGAAUGAGACAUGGGAUCAAUGGUUCGAAGGCCCUAAAGAAACAAAACGAUGUGGCUGCUCCAUUCUUUGAUCUUACUUUCCCUCUUAUUUUUUUUUAUCUCUACGUCUUCUAGAAGAGUGAGUUUGUGUUUUUACAUUCCGCGGCAGUGAAAUUGAUGUAAUUGGCAAAGAAUUAUGAUUCAUUUGUGCAGAUAAAAAUCUAUUGAUAUUGACGUCUCUUAAUUUAAAAGAGAA